AGUUGAGUGCUUCAGAUCUGGUCACUAUGGUACGAGAACGAAAAUGCAUAUUGUGCCACAUUGUGUACAGCUCAAAAAAGGAGAUGGACGAACACAUGCGGAGCAUGUUGCAUCACAGGGAACUUGAGAACCUGAAGGGCAGGGACAGUAGUCAUGAGUGCCGAGUGUGCGGGGUCACAGAAGUGGGUCUUUCUGCAUAUGCAAAGCACAUUUCUAGCCAGUUGCACAAAGAUAAUGUUGAUGCCCAGGAAAGAGAAGACGAUGGAAAGGGAGAAGAAGAGGAAGAAGAUUAUUUUGACAAGGAACUCGUUCAAUUAAUAAAACAAAGGAAAGAACAAAGUCGGAUCUCCGGUUUAGAAGUGGUUGUAAUUCAUAAUGUAAGUAGAUGUUUGAACUUUCAGACGCGAGAGUGUGUGGAGCAGUUACAGCUGGAAGAUCGGGUUCUCUGCCUCCAUAGUCGAUGGCGAAUCCUCUAUGCAGGACUGGCAAAUGGCACUGUGGUCACCUUCAACAUAAAGGUUGAGGUGCUAAACUCUGAAUGGGAAAGCAGCAUUCAACACAGGUUUGGCAUAGAAAUGGUGCCUUUGGUUCAAAAUGAACAAGAGGUCUUGGAUUUGGAUGGGGAGCCUGAUCUGUCCAAUCUAGAAGGAUUCCAGUGGGAGGGUAUUUCCAUUUCUUCAUCUCCUGGGUUGGCAAGGAAGCGAAGCCUUUCUGAGAGCAGUGUGAUCAUGGACAGGGCUCCUUCUGUGUAUAGCUUCUUCAGUGAGGAAGGUACAGGCAAAGAAAAUGAGCCCCAGCAGAUUUUUUCACCUAGUAACUCAUUGAGGGCUGCACAGAGUCAGACAACGACCCUGGGCCUUAAGCAGGAAGUGACACCUCUGGCUGCCUCCCUAAGAACAGGUGAAAGGGCUGAAAAUGUUGCUAGUCAAAGGCGACACAGUGCACAGUUGUCCACUGACCGAACGAUACCUUUGAUGCACUUGGCCAAAGACCUGAACAACCAGGAGGGUUCUACGCCAUCUUCAGAGAACCAGAAUACCCAGGAAAGUAAUGGCGAAGGAAACUCUUUAUCAUCAAAUACAUCCCCAGCCCUCGGAAUCUCCAGUCUGGCAGACGCAGCCACAGACAGUAGCUGCACCUCUGGUGCCGAACAAAACGACAGCCAGAGUGUGCGGAAGAAACGCAGAGCCACUGGGGAUGGAUCUUCUCCCGAACUCCCAAGUCUUGAGAGAAAAAACAAAAGAAGGAAAAUUAAAGGAAAGAAAGAACGUUCUCAGGUUGACCAGCUGCUGAAUAUUUCUUUAAGGGAGGAAGAACUGAGCAAAUCAUUGCAGUGCAUGGAUAACAACCUUCUGCAAGCCCGUGCAGCCCUGCAGACAGCAUAUGUUGAAGUUCAGAGGCUUCUUAUGCUGAAGCAGCAGAUAACUAUGGAGAUGAGUGCACUGAGGACCCACAGAAUACAGAUUCUACAGGGAUUACAAGAAACAUAUGAACCUUCUGAGCGCCCAGACCAGGUUCCUUAUAGCCUUCCACGAGAGCGAAGGAACAGUAGAUCUCAGACAUCUGCUGAUGCCACCCUGCUGCCUACUCCCUUUUUCCCAGUUGUUCUGGAGCCUCCAUCUUCCCACAUGUCUCCAUCAUCCACUGGAGUCCCUCUCCAAGUAACCACGUCUCCUACUUUCCAAGCUCACGGCAGUGUUCCUGCUCCAGACUCUUCAAUUCAGAUUAAACAAGAACCCAUGUCUCCUGAACACGACGAGAGUGUGACUGCUGUGUCACAAGGCUCUGCUGGGAAUGUGUCCAAGGAAUUACUGCAAGCUAAUAGAGAGAACAGUGACAGUUGUCCAGUUUAUCCAGUCAUCACUGCAACGUUGUCCUUAUCAGAGGUCACAGAAAGUUUCCAUGAGCCUAGCCAAGAACUGAAGUUUUCCAUGGAGCAAGGAAAUACCAGCAACAGAGGAAAUGCCCCCUCUUCCCAACCAGCUGAUCUUCAUGAAGAACUAGUCAAAGGCAACAGCGGGUCUGAGGCCUGUACCAGUUCCUUUCCAAGAUUGUCGUUUGUUCCCGAAACCCCCUUAGAGAGGGACCCCCACUCUCCAGCGGACCAGCCUGAGCAGCAGGCAGAGUCUACCCUGACAUCAGCUGAAACACGGGGAAACAAGAAAAAGAAGAAACUUAGGAAGAAGAAAACGCUUCGGGCUGCUCAUGUUCCCGAGAACAGUGACACUGAACAGGAUGUAUUUACUGCUAAACCUGUAAGGAAAGUAAAGACUGGAAAGUCAACUAAAGGGGGGAAGGUAACAACCUCCACCUGGGAAGAUAGCAGAACUGGCCCGGAACAAGAGAGUGUCAGAGAUGAGCCAGAUAGUGACUCGUCUCUGGAAGUCCUAGAGAUCCCUAACCCUCAGUUGGAAGUGGUGGCCAUUGAUUCUUCUGAAUCUGGAGAAGAGAAACCAGACAGUCCAUCUAAAAAGGAUAUUUGGAACUCCACAGAGCAAAACUCAUUAGAAACUUCUCGUUCUGGUUGUGAUGAAGUUAGCUCUACCAGUGAGAUUGGCACUCGUUAUAAAGAUGGUAUCCCUGUAAGUGUGGCAGAAACUCAGACUGUGAUCUCCUCCAUAAAAGGCUCAAAGAACUCUUCAGAAAUAUCUUCCGAGCCAGGAGAUGAUGAUGAGCCCACAGAAGGGAGCUUUGAGGGGCACCAAGCCGCAGUGAAUGCAAUUCAGAUAUUUGGGAACUUACUGUACACCUGUUCAGCAGAUAAAACUGUCCGAGCUUAUAAUCUGGUGAGUCGCCAGUGCAUUGGUGUGUUCGAGGGGCACACCUCCAAAGUGAACUGCCUCCUGGUUACACAAACCUCUGGGAAGAAUGCUGCCCUUUACACUGGUUCCAGUGACCAUACCAUUCGCUGCUAUAAUGUCAAGGUAAGUGAGUCCAGAGAAAUCAGAAGUGAUCAUAUGAAGCUGCUUUGGCUGUAUUUACUGUGUAGAGUGGAGACACUGAGACACAUGCUUCAUUCUGCCCACUUGAUUAUGCUUUGAGCCUAUUUUAGUAGCAUACCUCAAAGAUACUGCAGGUUGGGUUCCAGGC